AGCUGAAGAUGUACCUCUUUGUGGAACGGGCAUCUUUGAACUCGUGGACAUUCUACCAGGAUAUCCAACUCCACCACAAAAACGAGAUCAUGUAGCAGCGUUGACUAAUGAAGGAGAUCAGAUUUCCAUUCGAAUAUUCGAGAAUGAUACAGUCCCAGUUCCCCCAGUGAGAUGUUCUCUUCGGAUAGAAACAUGUCCAAACUGCCUAAUAAAUGUUCGACAUCGCCCACCGUCGGAUUUUGUCAACGAGAGGGAAAUUCGAAUGGAAAAGCAGGCAAGAUGUAAGUCCGUUGAACCAUACAAGAUGGCAUUUCUUUGA